GCCGGAUCUAGCCGAGCCUCGGGUGAGUUCCUCUGGUCGUCCGCCCUGGUUACUCUCUGUUAUAAACUCCAUCCUGGCGUCUUCCCAGCCUCAGGGGUGUCUUGUGUGACUGAUUGUAGCCGGAGGACUGGUUCAUCGAGCGAUCCAUCCUGGGACGUGCAAUAUCCAUAGAGGAGAACGGUGGCUACUGCUAGUGGAGCAGUCGCAAUUCAUUCAUCCCUCGACCCUCCAGAGGCCACAUCGUCGUCUCUCCCACUACUCGAGUAAAUAUCCGCAGAUAGAGAUACCAUGGCUGUAUAUACUGUCUUCUACGGCACUUUUGUGCACCUCCCGCGGGCGACGCCGUCCACGACGAAACAUGAACUGUCUAUCCACCACGGCGCGCUGUGGGUGUCUGUGCAGGAUGGGCGCAUCAAGGGGUUCGAUUGGAGCGUUGCCAGCGAGGACGACCUCGUCGCGUUGAUGCGCAAGCACGGCUGGUCCGUGGAUGGUAGCUCCGGGACGAAGGUGACCCUUGUUAGGGCGAGGGAGGACCAGAAUGAGUUCUUCUUCCCUGGGUUUGUCGAUACCCAUAUCCAUGCCCCGCAGUAUCCCAACUCUGGCGUGUUUGGGUCUUCGACGCUUCUCGACUGGCUUAAUACCUAUACUUUUCCACUCGAAGCGUCCUUCGGCGGCAGCAGCAGCGAAGUCGCACCCCCGCGCGCCCAUGCAGCCUACAAGCAGGUCGUCCAGCGUACACUGGCAAACGGCACAACCUGCGCCUCGUACUUCGCGACCAUCCACGUCCCCGCCACGAACCUCCUCGCGACCCUCUGUCACCAGCUCGGCCAGCGCGCCCUCGUCGGCCGCGUCUGCAUGGACAACCCAGCCUUCUGCCCAGAUUACUACCACGACGAAGACGCCGCCGCAGGCAUAACAGCCACCAAAGCGACCAUCGCGCACAUCCACAGCCUGCCCGACCCAGACCGACCAACGUCUACACCCCUAAUCCAACCCAUCAUCACCCCCCGCUUCGCCCCAACCUGCACGCCUCAAUCCAUGACAGACCUCGCCCACCUCGCCCAGUCACACACGCCUCCACUACACAUCCAAACGCACAUCUCCGAAAAUACCAACGAAGUAGCCCUUGUGCGUGAACUCUUCCCCGCCCACGAGGACUACACCUCCGUCUAUGACGCCCACGCCCUCCUCACGCCCCGCACGAUCCUCGCCCACGCCGUCCACCUCACACCGGCCGAAAUGGCCCUCGUGCGCGCCCGCGGCGCUAAAGUCGCUCACUGCCCCGCGAGUAAUUCCGCUCUUGGCUCGGGGAUCUGUCCUGUGCGGACUCUACUCGACCGCGGUAUUACGGUGGGAUUGGGCACGGAUGUUAGUGGUGGGUAUAGUGUGUCUGUGUUAGAGGCUGUUCGCUCGGCUUGUUUGGUGUCGCGGUUGUUGCCGCAUACUUCUUCGAUAGAGAGCGACAAGAACGUCGUCCUCACCGUCGAAGACGCACUCUACCUCGGUACACGCGGCGGCGCGGCUGUCGUCGAUAUGGCUGAUGAGAUUGGUGGUUUUGAUCAGGGGAUGUUCUUCGAUGCGCAGCUUGUGCGGCUGGGUGGGGAUGUAGAGUCAUCCUCUUCCACUACCGCCUCCUCUUCUUCCUCUUCCUCUCCCUGUAAAUCUGACUUGGUGAAGAAAGGACCGGUCGACAUCUUCGGCUGGGAAGGCUCCGUCGAUCGCGUGCACAAGUGGGUGUGGAAUGGAGACGAUAGGAACGUGAGGAGCGUGUGGGUGAGAGGCCGACUGGUGCAUUCUCUUGAAUCUGAACUCUCUGGUGCUGUGUGCACGGUGGAUGAAAGAGUAGGGAAAUGGGCGGAGUGGGUGAUUGGGGGGUUGGGUGUUUUAGGGAUUGUGGGUGUGUUUUGGGCUAGGAGGGGUUGAUUUUGUUCUUAUAUAUAGGGUUGCUAUUUGCUGCGUUGUGUUGCUGUGUUGUUUAGGCUAUCGACUUGUAUAGGUAGACUUGUUUGUAUAUGCCCGACUCUGGCUGUGGUUGAUGUCGUUACGAGACCUUGUCAUUUACACUCAUCAUAGCAUUUGUACGACAUCUAGAGAAAGCUUACAGAAAC